UGUUGAACAAAUUUAUUUUCACCUAAAUGUCAAAAGUCGUAAUUGAAGUUAAGACAGCAAGGCUGUCCAGAGAUACAGAUACAUGGAGCAAGAUGGACCCCUACGUGGUCCUUAUUAGCGGGAGUGAGAAAAAGAAGACUAAAACUCAUAAUAAGGGUGGGAAGAACCCAAUGUGGAAUGAAUCCUUGACCUUGAAAUAUGUUGACACCAAUAUGACCAUCCAGGUUUGGGAUGAGGAUAUUACAUCAGAUGAUUUAGUAGGUGGAGGAGUAAUUGACCUUGAAGCCGCAGCAAGACUUGGAGGGCUGAAAGACUGGAUAACUAUCCAAUAUAAGGGAAAAGAAGUAGGCCAGAUUUAUGUUGAAAUUUCAUUUACUACUCCUACUGCCACAGCGCCAGCAAGUGCUUAUGCAGCAUAUACUCCCGCUACAACUCCUCCUUCAACUCAUUAUGCAGCUCCUACUGCUCCAUACCCCCCUACCGGGUAUCCUGCUACUUCUCCAGGAGUUUAUGCUCCUGCACCUGCUCCAAUACCAGCAUAUCCUGCUGGAGGUUACUCUACGCCUUCUUAUACACCGAGUGCAGCAACACAUGGACCCUCACCAUCAGCACCGGCUGGUGGGAUGCAACAUGCUCCUCCAGCUGGAGCUGCUUAUGCACCAGCUCCUGGGGCUUAUCCAGCCCCUGGCCCAGCACCUACACAUCCACCAGGUUCUUAUCCACCAGGGAGCUGGUAAACUUAUCAGAAAUUU